CUUUGAGCAACCAUGUUAUGCAAUACAAAAAGCAAUAGCUUUCUGAAACUUGUCUGCUAGAAAUUACAACUUUUGAUUGUUUUGUUUUUUUGGAUUUGUGUUAAUGACGGCCCAAUUAUAGUUUAUGAGCUGAAAGCUAUUGCUGACGUGGCUACCUUCUACAUCGAAAAUGAGCUGGCUCAAUACCAGUAGCAUUGCAAAUUUGGCUAAAAAUGCACUAAAAGAAGCCCAAAAAACCAUAGACAAAGCACUUGACAUUAGAGAUCCAGAUGCUGUUGGAAAUAAACCAAUUGAAAAUGAAAUUAUUGGACACUUCUUUGAAUCCUUCAACUUGGUGAAAGAGGAAAAUGAUCCACCUGAUGAAACCAGAACAAGCUCAGAGGAUGUCGUAGUGAGUGAACCAGACUCAAAGUCUGAAAGAGAUCAGCAAAAAACAGCAGUUUUUCAGGCCCCAGUUUCAAAUGUACUUCAAACAACAGCUAAAGAUUUAAGCACCCAUACUGAAACAUCCAUUCCUGCAGGAGACCUUGAAAAAAAAAGCAAUCCCAAUGAGCUGGAUCAUGUGGUUCUGACUGAUUCUAUAGAAGAAACGAAUGUAAAUGAAAGUUAUCAUAGCUCUAUGUCAGUUUCCAGCUCCAUUACCGUCAUCAGUCCUGAAAAUGAUUUGGCUGAUAUGGAUUGGAAAAGUGAUACCAAAAGUGAUGUCAGAGAAGAAACAACCAACCACCAUCGCACACAAAACAGAGAUGAAGUUUCAACAAUGCUGUCGGAAGCAAUGAAGGAUUCGAUCAAGACUGAGACCUCGGCGUCUGCCUCAGGUGACGAGAUCGAGACCACCACUUCGUCGGAUAUCGAAAUAAUCGCAAGUCCUCAAGCGGGUAUAAGACAACUCGUAGCUCCCGUCCGUUCAAGAAGCGAGUCAAAGACUCAUAGUCGGAAGCCAUCCGAAGCUUCUAGUGACGAUAGCGCAACUUCCACUGGACAAGAUUCGGACCCGCUCAAAACAGAAUGCCAAAUCAUUCAACUGAAUCAAAUACUUGAAGCCCGAGAUAACCAAUUAUUGGAAUAUACCAGGAAAUGUUACGCAUUAUCGGAAGAAGUAGAACGUGCUAAAUCACAGUUGGCCCAUGACGAGAAGGAGCGAACGGCUUUGGGUGAAACCAUUCGUCGGCAAUCGGACGAGUUUGCCAUAAGAUUAUCUUCGAUUGAAAAACGAUAUCAGCAGGUAUUGGCUGAGCGUGAAUCACUAGUCAAGAAACUUGAACAGAUUCAACAGAACCAAGAAUCUUACGGCAGUUUAACAGAGGAACUUCGAGAAAAAAACGAAACUAUUGAACAACUAAGAUUUGAAGGCGAAAAGCUAUCCAAGCAACAUCUUCAAUUAUCAAACAUAAUAAAGAAAUUGCGAGUGCAAGAAAAAGAGGAGGAAGUCCGUUGCAAACAAUUCAAAGAUCAAAAUGAAGAACUCAAAAGUGAAGUAGAUCGUUUGAACAAGUGUUUGUCCGCGAAAGAAGAACUCGAGAGGAACCAAAUCGAAGCUGUUCGACAAUCUGCGAUGGUUAAUAGCCAAUUAGAAAAAGAGCUUUUGGCCAAUAAAGUCAUGAUGCGUGAAAAGCUUGCGGAAGUGGAAACUCUUCGAGCUGCUUUCUUUGAGGUAGAACAAAAACUUCUCGAAGAAAGAGCCACUGCUGCCAUUCGCGAUUCUGCGGAAACUGAGCGCAAUCUCAGCGCUGAAGUAGCUUUGCGUCAACGCCUUCAGUUAGAGUAUGAAACAUCCAGCCGUUUGUUUGAGGAAGAAAGACAAGCGCUCACAAUGCGUUGCCAAGAACUGACCCAGUCACUUGCCGAAGUCGACAGUGAUCGCUCAAGAGAACGAGAACGGAUACAAAGCGAAGUUUCGCGAUUAAUGCAUAGGCUGCAUGAAGCCGAAUCUCGUAGCGAUGAACUAUCUCAGGCAUUAACCACUGCGACUAAGCCUUUGAUACGUCAGAUUGAUACGCUGCAGCAUGCACUAACCUCACAAAGGUUGUCCGAAGAAAGAUCCGAAAAGAUGUACAACGAGAAGCUAGCUGUUCUUGAAAGCAAAUUGCUGUCAGCCAAUCAAAAAGAGACUGUCGAUAAAAAUCUGUAUCUUGCGAUGCAAGCUCAAGUUGACGAAGCGCUAGAAAAAUGUAAAACAGCAGAGCAAGAAAACCACAAUCUGCGUAUCCAGUUGGAACAGGAAAAAUGCCACAGUCAAAAUUUGGAGCAAGCAAGAAAAAAAGAUAACUUCAGUUUAGAACUGGUAAAGAGCCAACUUAUCGAAGAAGUUACUUCAUUACGAAGUAAAAUUGAAAUACUGGAGAGUAAUUAUGAAAAGCAAUGCAUUGCGCUAGAAGAGGAAAGAAAGAAAACAUCGAAUUUUACGAAUCGAUUGCAAGAUAAAGAACUGGAAUUUCAGGUAUUCCCGACCGUUCCUGACAUGUCCAUCUCUGGAAGCAUUGGGAGAAAAGUAGCUUCAACAACUGACAUAGUGUCUAGAACCAGCAGCCCCACUCCUAGUUUAGGAAAGCUAUCAUUAUCUGGCUCAUUUACUGAGUCUCAUUCCAGCAAUCCGUGGAACACAGUAGAUGAGGUAUUCGAUGGCGGUCUCGUAACCCCCGUACCGAAAUCAACGCUGUACGACGCUAUGCGAGCAGGCUCUUACACAGCUGUUUUUGAAAGUUUGCAGGCCCAGUUAAAAACACGUGAUGGAGAAGUAACCCAAUUGCAGCAAGAAUUACAAAACCAGGAGAGAUCCCGUGAUUCGCUUGCUAAAGAAUUAACCGAAAUGAUUAAUACUAACCAAGAGCUAAGUCAUCGUUUGGAUCGAUUAGAAACACUUCUUCAGGAGUACGAAGACCUGAAAACAAAAUACAAUGCCUUAUUACAGAUGUACGGAGAAAAAAUAGAAGAAAACGAAGAACUGCGACUGGAUUUGGUUGAUGUCAAGGAAAUGUACAAAGCCCAGAUUGAUCAUUUGAUGAAAACAUGAAAAAGGUAUUUGGGAACUCCCAAAUGUGGCGAAGGAUUUGGUUGGCUAAUUUUACCUUUGUCUAUUCACAACGGCAGUGUCGGGAAUCACCUUGCGAAAGAAAAGACUAAUAAAAAUAGGAAUUCGAUGGGAAUCUAUUUACUAACCAAACAGUUAAUUAUCAUUACAUUUUUAGAUGAACGGUUACAGUAUCAAAUUAUUUUCCAAGUAUUGGAUUCAGCUCUUUUAUACGUUAUUCAUCAAAUAAAAAAUAAUGUGCUGCUAGGAAAAGGCUAUAAUGAGUAAGGGCUGUAAUGUAUCAUAUUAUUUUUAUACGCAUUCCUUUUCAUUUCUAUUAUACUAUUGUACAACCGGGGGAAUAUCUUUCGUCGUGUUUUAAUAUCAAAUUGUUUUCCAUGUGUAUUUAUGUUCUACAAAUAUAUUUCAAGUAAUCAUUCCA